GAGACAGUUUGAUAAUCUGUGGAGAAAAUUAAUUAAUUAUCUGACAGUUAUCCUUCGUAUCUGUUGUAGAUAUUUUUGAGUUUUUAGAGGAAUAUCGUCGGAUAAUCUGAUUUAGAAAAAUAUGGCUGCAGUGCUGAACCACGCAUUGAGGAGAUUCUUCCAAACAUCUGCCCAGCGGGCAGUCCAAAUCGAGGGACAUUCAGCAGUGUCUGGCAUCCAUGAGGGGGGCUACAAACCAUGGAAGAAACUUACGUUCUUUGUCGCAUUCCCUUCGAUUAUUUUGUGUGCUGUAAACUGCUACAUGGUUCACCAAGAUCAUGCCAAACAUCCACAUGAGAAGAAGUUCGUCAAAUACGAAUAUCUGGCAAUACGUAGCAAGAGGUUCCCUUGGGGCGAUGGCAACCAUAGUUUUGUCCAUAACCCCAAGGUAAACGCCCUCCCUGACGGCUAUGAAGCAUAAGCAACAUUCGUAUAAUGGUAGUUGUUUAGUCAGUCCAGUUAUUGUUCAAUUAAUUCCUUAUUUAUAUUAAACUAGCUCACAAA